UGUUGCUUUUUGUUGUGUCUUACAGAUGGCGCACGGAACCUUGUAUACUGCGUAUGCCGAUCUGACGUUUUUGGUUAUUUUUGUUCUCGCCUCGUGUUUACUUUAGUGUCUAAUUUUGGUCCAAUUGCGAAAAUUUUGUUGUGCAACAUCUCAAAAGUUAAUAUUUCGAUAAGGAAUCGUAUCCCGACGCCGAAUAAUAUCGAUCCACGGUUCCGGACUAGAUAUAUGUAUACAGUUUUAUCACGUGGUGGUGUGAUUUAUAUAAUUCUUGUUUACCGCACUAGCUGAAACUUUGCGCAUGUGCGUCCCGUCCGUAACCUCAAAGUGUAGAACGGGGACGGAUUCGGCAGUUUCCGGAUAUCCGGGUGCUUCGUUGGAGCUGUGAUGUGCCAUCGUGAGGGUGUGCGGUCCGCGGGACAGCGUUGGUGAAACACGCGCCGGAGAUGGCUCAAACUCAGUUCACGCGGAGCUCGGAGAGCGACGCAUGGGCGCUGCUCGCGCUCAAGUCGGCGCCCGCCUCGCCUUCGAAGGUGCAAUGGGCGCAAGAGCCGGCGCCCAUCGCCAUCGCGAGACUCGACGGUCGGGAUUUUGAGUAUCUAAUUCGGCAAAAACGUGUCAUAAUAGGGCGGAAUUCGAGUAGCGGUCAGGUCGACGUAAACAUGGGACAUUCGAGCUUUAUAUCUCGCCGACAUCUGGAACUGUUCUAUGACCACCCAGAGUUCUACCUCACGUGCAACAGCAAGAACGGCGUGCUCGUCGACGGUGUGUUCCAGCGCAAGGGGUCUGCCGCUAUGCUGCUGCCCAAAAGAUGCACGCUUCGUUUCCCCUCUACGAACAUUCGGCUGGAGUUCCAGUCACUAGUGGAGGAGAGCGGCGGCGGCGCGGGAGGCUCCAGUGCUCCGCUGCCGCCGUUGCGCAUCACCAUACCAGUGGAUAACGACGCCCGCAGCCCAGCACCUUCGCCCACAGGCACGAUCAGCGCGGCCAACAGCUGUCCGACGUCGCCGCGUGGCGCUGGCAGCUCGGGCCGCCGGCACGCAGACCUCGGUCUUGUGGCACAAUAUGCCGCACUCGCUGACCACCAGCGGCCCACCUCUAAUGGCAACGCGGCGUCAUCGACGACCUCUGAGUCGGGCUACGGGUCGCGGGAGGGUCGCGAGGGCCGGGAGGGUCGGGAAGGCCGCGAGGGUCGAGAAGCACGGGAGAGUCGCGAGGGACGCGACGACGCGAAGCCACCAUACAGCUAUGCGCAGCUAAUCGUGCAGGCCGUCGCCUCCGCGCCCGACAAGCAGCUGACGCUGAGCGGCAUCUACAGCUACAUCACCAAGCACUACCCGUACUACCGCACCGCAGACAAGGGCUGGCAGAACUCCAUACGUCACAACUUAUCACUCAACAGAUACUUCAUCAAGGUGCCGCGCAGCCAGGAGGAGCCGGGCAAAGGCAGCUUCUGGCGCAUCGACCCGCAGAGCGAGGGCAAGCUGAUCGAGUUGUCGUUCCGCCCGCGUCGCCCCCGCGGGGUGCAGUUCCGCGCACCCUUCGGACUCUCCUCGCGGAGUGCUCCGACAUCCCCAUCACAAGUGGGCGUGUCGGGUCUGGUGACGCCGGAGGAGCUGUCGCGGGAGCCCACGCCCGAUCUCUUCACCGGGGAAGAAUCCGACCAACAGGCGAGCCAGCAGCGGCUGAGUGGGGCCGGGGGCGGAGGCGGAGGCGGGGCCGGUGGCGGUGGGGCCGGGGGCGGGGGCGGAGGUUCGCACUCGACGCAGUAUAUGUUCCCGCAGCGCAGCGGCGUCAGUCAGAGCGCGCCCGGCUCACCAGGACACGGGCUGUCGUACAACGCCAGCAGCAGCGGCCUGGUGAUGACAGUCGUCACCAACGGCGCAGGCGGCGAGAGAGAGGAGAAGUACGUGGUGGGUCGCGGCUCGGGCGGGCUGGUGCCGCUGCAGGAGGAGGAGGCGCCCCCCGCCGUGCUGCUGCACCACUCCCCCUACUACUCCGGCAGCUACGGCGGCGGGGAGGAGGGGUGCGCGGCGCUCGGCGGAGAGCUCGUCAUCGAGGAGGCGCCCGACGACCCCCCACACAAGCGCGCCAAGCACCACCAUCUGUCAGAGAUGGAGGAGAGGCGCGCGUAUUGACGCCCCGCCGGCGCCGCCGCCGCCGCCGCCGCCGCCGCCACGUGAGCCGCGGGGGGACACCCGCCGCGCGUCACGUGACCCCCCGCCGCCCGCACCCACACCCACCGGCGGUCGAGUGACGCGGUUGUCAUCCUGAUCCCGGUACUAAUCGGAUCCGGAUCGCCGGACGUGACGCACCCGGACGCGCGGCCGGCCGGACACCAGUGACGGCACCGGACGGCGGCCCGAGUGCAACAGUAAGCAAUAAUUUAACAGCGGCGAAUAUUGAACUCUACAGUGCUAAGAAUAAAGUGUUGUUACGAGUGGUACAUUUAAGUUUAAGCAAUGCAUUAGCGCAUUUCCUCGUUUUUCUGACGGUUUUUUUUUAGUUUGUAAAUUGGGCGCGAGCGCUGUGGACUCGGCCUGCGUGUCGUCAUAUGGACGUUUGUUUUUCUGUUACAUUCUGUCACUGUGUACAGUCAGCUUGAAAAAUAAUUUAAUUUAGCCCGAGCAUAUACUAGAACUACUAGAACCUAUAUUUUAAGCAAAUAGCGCUUCGUUCGGAGUGCAAUGUGGUACGAUUUUGUUGAAAUCCUGCCGAUUUGUUCACAAUUUAUAAGUACAAUAAUGCUUUUCGAUGUUUAUCCGCUUAGUGUAAGUGUUGCGACCUGUUCACCCGUUGCAAGGAUGUCCAGAUACCGGUCACUAUUUUUGAGGCUGACUGUACCUUUGGAGACAUUGAUGAGUAUUUACCCAAUGAUGGUAUUUAUAAAGCCAAGAGGGAACCAGACCUCAUGUAAUCAUAAUGUUAUAUAUUCACGAAAAUACGUGUUUCAAAUACUUAACAAAGUGUUAAACUAAAUUGUUAUUGACGUCAAAAUAAACAAGUGAAAUCUAUUGGA